UGUUGUGGAUGUGAAAGCGAACAUGCCACUGCAGUUUCACUAUUAAGUCAAAAGAGAAUAGGGCAUCGGCUUUUGUUACCAGGAAGUGGGUCGAGUUAUUUAUAUUUCAACACUUAACCGGCGCGAGAGCUCGCACUGGUAACACGAAACUUAAAUAAUUAUAUUGGUCUUUGCUAGGAUUGAGGCGCUUGUUUUAAAGUUAUGUUUUCCCCCUAAGGUCGUAUGGAUACCCUCGAAAAAUCAACGGAAAGGCAUUGACAGAAAAUGACGAUAGCCAAUUCGAUUUGUCCAUGGGCUGUAAUUUCUUUUGCUGACUGAAAAGCUCGCUCCCUGAGGACACGGCUGAACGCCAGGUGGCGUUGUAAUGAAGAUCCAUGAGAAGAUUCUAACCCAUUACCUGUCCUGCACUUCACCUGUAGAUAAGGAAGGUUACCUCUACAAAAAGAGAGAGAGGAACACCACUUACCUGCGUCGCUGGUUUGUGUUGAAGGGGAAUCUGUUGUUUUAUCAGGAGCGUCCAGGCGAUCGUAACCUGUUGGGUGUUAUCGUCCUGGAGGGCUGCAUGGUCCAGGCAUGUGAGACGGACGGUCAGUUCUGUUUCUCUUUGGUGUUCACCGGACCAGGCCUCCGCACUUACAGACUAGCCGCUGACGAUCAUAACAGCCAGGAGAGCUGGAUCGGCGCUCUGUUCUGCGCUAGCCACAUCUACCUUUCUGUGAUUGUCAGAGACCUGGAGAGACGUUACCAAGAAGCUAGAAGAGACAAAGGCCUUAUUGAUUCCACCCAGACCUCAGCAGUGACUUCUACACCCAAUAAGAUAAUGGCUUCCUGGAAUACAGGACAACCCUAUUUCAUACAUGGGACUUCCAUAAUGCCCAGAGACGGGCGAAGCUACAGCGCUAGUUCAGCACCACCUCCAUCUAUGCCGAACAGACCCAUCAGCUACAGUCUUCAUGCUCCUCCUAUUCAGUUAAAAACUACCAGUAAGAGAUCUCCAAAGCUCUGGCCCAAGAGAAAUGCCCACGUCACCCCCUUAAAUGGUCCGGCACCAUCUUACGGGGAGUGGCCAGUUGUUGGCUUUGAUCCUUUGGAAGAAUUUAGUAAACUGCAUGAGUACUAUGGAAAUGAGAUUAAGAAACUAAGAGCUGACUGGCUGAAGAAGAAGCAUGAGGAAGUGGGAUACGUUGAGGAGGACCUCAUUGAUCUAGGCUAGAGUGACCUCUGUUGGUUUGUGCAGAUGCAUAUUCAUAUGCAUGUGUUCAGGCUGUCAUCAAAAUAGUAAAUCCUGUUCUGAAACAACGGAUUAAUGAACGUAUUAAGGAUUCAUGAAAUGUAUUGAACAAUCCUGCUGUCUUCUUAAUUUUAUGAAGGUAUGUAGAUUAGCACUGACUGCUGAUCUUGAUGGCAUUUCUAGUAAAAGGUUUCUCAUUUCCCCUCUGUGGUCAGCCUAUACGUCUCAGCCCCCAUCCGAGCCUAUUUCCUUGCUUCAACUGUCAUAAAACAGACCCAAACCACAAGUAGUUUUACCAGCAUUUAUGUGCGGUCAUAACUGCAAAAACUAAUAUUGCACUCAUAGCAAUUAAAAUACUGUCAAAUGAGGUCAGAUGUCAUGCAUGUUCAGUGAAGGGAUUGAGAAUUUGCUUUAUUUAAGAUUACAUGUUAGUUUUAGAGCUCUAUAACAAUUGUUAAUAUUUCAUUUCUUGUUACAUCUUCUAAAUUAUGGACUGAGGGAGCCUAAAUUAAUGUAAUUGUGUUGUGUAUGUUAAUAGUUCAGGAUUUGUACUCAAUGUUCAUCUUUUAUUUGACAGAAGGAUGUAAAUGAACGUAUGUGACUUUCUAAAGAACAAGUGACUGUUAAGUUCUACGUUACAAAACAAAACAUGCUUCACUCAGUUCAGGAGGUUUCACAAACAAACUAAAAUACUGGCCUAUACUUCCUCUUUCUCAUCACCUCAAAUCUCUGGGGAUGUAGACGUGUCUUUUUUUCUUUGAGUUUUUUGCUUAUUUUACACAUCUGGAACAGUCAACCUAUUAAUAAACAUUUUUAUAGGUGUGACAGUCAUAUUAGUCAAUAUUAAAAAUAAACUGUACAGUUUGUAUGCAUUCAUCUUUUCUGAGGUGUAGCUCUUCAUAGGGUUAACAGAGGGCACUGCACCUCACUAACAGUACUACUACUGUAUUUAGCUUGAAAAAGUGAUAUUUUAUUAUAUAAUGCACCAAAUUAUAUAUAUAUAUAUAUAUAUAUAUAUAUAUAAGUAUUAUAUAUAAGCAAUUUUGGAUUGUAUAAAUGUUUUAUAUAUUCAGUUUCUAUGAACUGCGUCCACAACACAUUGUCUUAAAUUAAUAUAGAUCAAUUUUGUUAUAUUUAUUUUAAUUAAAAUUUGUUAAUUGAAUGUUUUUAAGUAUUAAUCCUCUGAUGUACACUGUAAUAAAUCCUGUAAAUAUCUGUUUUUAA